GUGUACCAAUAGAAGUCUACUGUUUCCUAAUAGAAGUAAAAAUGACGAGUCUACAUUUACUACUCUUUGUUUUUGUAGCAAAAAUCGUUGCCGCUACUGAUAGAGAUUGUGGGGUAUUACCAAUAACAUUAUGGAGCGGAGAGAAGUCGCGCAGGACGUCGAUGCUAAAGACACCAGUACAACUUGUCGUCAUCCAACACACGGUCUCACCUGCAUGUUACACUGACCAGGCUUGUGAGAGUAUUCUACGCGGUAUCAGGAUACAUCACAUCGUAGAUUUAGAUUUCAUCGAUAUUGGAACAUCAUUUCUUAUCGGUGGUAACGGCAGAGUAUACGAGGGCGCUGGCUGGCAACGCAUUGGCGCGCACACGAGGGGGUACAACGACAAAUCCAUCAGCAUAUCUUUUAUUGGGAACUUUAAUAAUGAACUGCCCACAUCUAAAGCAUUAAAAGCGGCUCAAGACUUAAUAAAUUGUGGUGUAUACAAUAACUAUUUGACCAAGGACUACGAACUGGUAGGACACCGACAGCUAUCUGCAACACAGAGCCCCGGCGACUCCCUACAGGACCUUAUAGAGACGUGGCCACAUUGGAAAAAGUUUGAUUAA